AUGAUGACGACGACAACCCGAACAAGUACUUGCCCAACCCGGAGCCCAAGGUACUUGUUAUCCCCUCAGCGGGUGAGCAUUCGGCAAUUCCUCCGACUUACACGCAUUCAACACCGCCACACAUGCCAGGGCUCCGUGGCCAUGGCUCCGCUGCGAUUCGCGUGGCUGACGGUGAGCACGAUGGGCAUCGUGUACGGCGAUAUCGGCACCAGCCCGCUCUACACGUGGGCCACGAUCCUGUCCGACUUCGAGGACCACCCCUACGAGGAGGAGGACCUGAUCGGGGCCAUGUGCAUCCUCGUCUACAGCCUCAUGCUGAUCGUGGCGAUAAAGUACGCCAUCUUCAUCCUCAUGGCCGACAACCGCGGAGAGGGCGGCAUCUUCGCAUUGACGUCGCUCGUCCCGCCGACGCGAAAGGACAUCAAGACGAAGAUGAGCAAGGAGAUUCCACGCUACGAGGUGUGGAUCAAGCGUAUAUGCGUGGCCCUGUCCAUCAUCGGAGCAGGCUUCAUCUUCGGCGACGGCGCCAUCACUCCAGCAGUUUCAGUCCUGUCCGCCAUUGAGGGCUUGGGCGUGGUCAACUCCGAUGUGCCCAACUACGAGGUGAUCAUCGGCCUUACCAUCUUAUCGAUUCUGUUCCUCAGCCAGCCUUUUGGCUCCGGCCAACUUGCCAUCUUCCUCGGGCCGAUCAUGCUCGUCUGGUUCAUGUUCAUUGGAGCGGUGGGCCUGUACAACAUCAUCGAGUACAACCCGGGCGUGAUGCGGGCGUUCAACCCCUACUGGGGCUACCAGUUCUUCGCACGCAACGGGUUGAUCGGCUAUAAGGCACUCGGCGGCAUCUGCCUCUGCUUCACCGGCGCCGAGGCCCUCUACGCCGACAUGGGCCACUUUGGCAAGUGGCCGCUUCGUGCCGGUGUCUACUUCGUGGUCCUGCCCAGCGUCUCCUUGAGCUAUUUUGGCCAGUUGGCCUAUCUCCUCCGCUUCCCCAAUGCGGCGAGCAGUCCAUUCUUCGAGUCCGUGCCGUCGGAGGUGUUCUGGCCGGUGAUGGUGGUGGCCACAAUGGCGGCCAUCAUCGCCUCGCAGGCCAUGAUCAGCGGCACCUUUUCCCUCAUCUCCCAGGGUAUGGGCCUCGGCACGAUCCCGCCCAUGACCCUCACUCACACCAGCAAGCGAAUGCACGGCCAGGUCUACGCCCCGGUGGGCAACUGGAUCCUCAUGGCCACCACGCUCGGUCUCAUCCUGUUCUUCCAGAGCUCAAGCGCCCUGGCCGCAGCCUACGGCAUCGCGGUGACGGGCACCCUGGCCAUAACAACGCUCAUCUUCAUGGCCAUGGUCGUGCUGCGGUGGAAGUGGAGCGCCUUCGUGGUCGUCCCCGUGUGCCUCUUCUUCUUCGCCAUCGAGAUGAUCUACUUCAGCGCCAACAUGACCAAGUUUCCCAACGGCGGCUGGGUGGCGUUGCUUCUCGCCGCGGCCACGAUCAUCUUCAUGGGCUCGUGGAAACUGGGACAGUCUGACGUCAGCCGCACCAUCGCCGCCAAGAGGCACAAGAAGACCAUCCGCGAUGUCAUUCGGUGGGCGUCGGAUCCGAACGUUCCACGCAUCCCGUGCACGGGCGUUUUCCUGGGCGGAGGCGACGAAGACUGCGAAGGUGUGCCCAAGGCGGUACUGCAGCACAUGAAGGUCCACCGUUACCUGCCCACCACGGUGAUCCUGGUGGUGAGCAAGACCAUCGACCUGCCUCAAGUCAGAAGUGAAGCGCGCCUGUCUUGCCGUGCCCUCUGCCCCGGCCUCAUCAAGCUGACGGCUAGACGUGGAUACAUCGAGAGUCGCAGCGAUGUGGGCGAGAUGUUGCAGCAAGCUGAGGCCCAGGGCUUACUGAAGCCUGAUCCGCAAUCGCCUCACUACCACUACUUCAUCGCCCGCCAGAGUCUGCAGCUGCGCGAGUCUCGCCGCGUGUGGUCUCGCAUCAGGUUGUCGAUCUACAACUUCAUGGUGAUGAAUGCGCGGCCUCCAGCGUGUCAAUCCCUGAUCAUCCCCAAGCAGGGCUUGAUCGAGUAUCACUCCAGCCUCCUCAUCAGCAAGCCUCUGCCCGGAGACAACCUCGUCAGUCGUUUCGUCAAUCGAAAGCCGACUAACGGCAGCCUCAGCACCUUGUACACCAUCUGUCAUGUCAACAAGACGCAAGUUCCGCAAUCAAAGGUCACAGGAUUGGCCUGUGCCACCCUGCCUGGCAACACCACGUCCAGCCACAUCAGCGGGCCCCUGCCCAACUCUGAGCUCAAGCUCAUCCACAAUUACUUCCCCAUGGACAAGCCCAACCCAAGCGGUGAGAUCUGCUUCCACGGCCCUGCCGUGUUCUCUGGCUACUACUGCAACCUGGAGAAGAUUGGAGCUCAGAGGCUGGGUUGCAUCUGGUUGAUAGUGGAGUGCAGUGAGCUCUUGAAGCAGUAUCUCUGCAAGCUUCUGGUAUGA